CUGUGCGCUGUCAAUUAAAUGUCAAUUUGUCGUCAAUCGUUCGUAUUUGUGAUGGCAAAAAGAGUGCUCUUACUGUUUUAAAUCAAUUUAUACGAUUUAAUAAAGUAUUUACGUACAUAUGAAUGAAUGGUCAAAUAUUAAAUACAUAAUUUACAACAGAGAACUACUAUUAAUUUUUAUAAACUGAUUGAUUGCGGGCAAAAUUAAGGCAAUACUUGCUGCAGUCAUGCCGAUAACUAAGCGUAAACAUUCACCUGAGAAGGAGGAAUUGAUAGAAAAUGGUGACAAUCAAACAGAAGGGCGCAGUAAUAUCAAGGGAGAUGAAUUAAAUAUAUCAGUGUUAUUAUUUCUUUACACCCUGCAGGGUAUACCGCUCGGUCUUGCAGGAGCUGUACCCAUGCUCCUUCAAAAUCGUGGCAUAACUUAUACUCAACAAGCAGAAUUCAGUUUCGUCAACUGGCCGUUCAGUGUGAAGCUAUUAUGGGCACCUAUUGUGGAUGCUCUAUUCUGGCCACAAUUCGGUCGAAGAAAAACUUGGCUGGUACCAGUGCAAUACCUGAUUGGUAUUGUAAUGAUCAUCAUGUCGUAUAGCGUCACUGAUUGGCUGGGUUCCGAUGAUGUGCCACCUUCGAUGACCAUUCUGACUAUGUCAUUCCUUUUCCUGAACUUCUUGGCAGCCACACAAGAUAUUGCUGUUGACGGAUGGGCUCUUACCAUGCUUAAAAGGUGCAAUGUUGGUCAUGCCUCAACCUGUAAUACUGUCGGACAAACAGCUGGUUUCUUCCUCGGAUAUGUGAUGUUCCUGGCUCUGGAAUCUCCUUACUUCUGCAACAAGUACUUGUAUUAUGAGCCUCAAGAUGAAGGACUUGUGACGCUUGCUAGUUUCCUACUCUUCUGGGGAUGGGUGUUCAUUGUGACUACUACGUUGAUUGCGGUGUUCAAGCAUGAAGCUAAUGAUGCUCCGAAUACAAAGGAGAAUGAUGUGAAGGGUCUCAGUGAUGUUGUUACGGCUUACAAACAGUUGUACACGAUUAUAAAGCUGCCUGCUGUACGCACUCUGGCUCUGGUUUUGUUCACAGCUAAGCUUGGAUUCUGUGCCAGUGAUGCCGUGUCUGGCCUAAAACUUGUCGAGGCUGGAGUUCCGAGGGAAGACUUAGCUCUGCUUGCAGUUCCAUUGGUCCCUGUACAAAUCAUAAUGCCAGUGCUAUUAGCAAAACACACAACAGGUCGGGAGCCCCUCUCUCUAUGGCUCCGUGCCUUCCCGCUGCGGCUGUUAGUAGGACCACUAGCUGCUGCCCUAGUAGCCAUCACCCCCACCCUACUCAAUGAUGCUCCCCCCUCCUAUUCGUAUCUCUUCAUUUUGAUGAUGCUCUACAUCUUCCAUCAGACAUGUCUCUACUGCAUGUUCGUGGCUGUGAUGGCGUUCUUUGCUAAAGUAUCAGACCCAGCAGUCGGCGGGACCUACAUGACUUUCCUCAACACUAUGUCCAACCUGGGAACUAAUUGGCCUAACACCCUCGCUCUAUGGGCCAUUGACCACCUCACAUUUAAGGAAUGCUCAUACCAAGGACUCUCUGAUAACACAUGUUCUUCUGAGGGCGAGGAGACUGAAUGUAAGUCGUUCGGCGGUUCAUGCGACGUGCGAAUAGACGGAUACUACAUAGAAACAAUACUAUGUGUAGUCAUCGGCUUCGUCUGGCUCAUGUGGGGGAAGCCGACCAUCAACAGACUACAACGACUGCCCGCUUCAGCAUGGCAAAUCAGCCAAUUUAACAGAUAAGACUGAAUCUCGUUAAUUCCCAUCUAAUAUGAUAAUAUUAUGUAUAUAUUGUAAAGGUUUUCAGAGAAAAAGUCUUCUGAUUUCACAUGCAGUACCUUUUCCUCAGAAAGUUACCUUAACUCAUAAUAUUCCAGAGGAAAUAAUUAGUCAUUACCUAUGAAAUGACCUUUUGCGGUAAAGAGAUAAUGAAUUUUUUUAAACAACUUUAGUAAGUAAUCUCUACAUAGUAUAAAACAAAGUAGCUUUCUCUGUCCUUAUGUCCCUCUGUAUGCUUAAAUAUCUAAAACUACAUAACGUAUUUCGAUGCGGUUUCUUGUAAUAGGUAGAAUGAUUCAAGAGGAAGGUUUAUAUAUGUAUAAUACAUGCAUAAUAUAUCAACAAGGUCAAUAAAGAAGUUCCCAUCACAAACUUAGGGAUGAUAUCCUUUUUCUCCAUUGGCCAAUAUUUUGCCCGUAAUAAAAAGUGAAGCUUAUACUUUAAAUUAUAAGGUUCAAUUUUAUUUGCAAGUAGUUUUGAUUGGAUGUACUUGCCACAUUUACUUUUAAAAAACGGUUAUUUCAUAGGUAAAGACUUAAUUGAUCCUCAUUAUAAAAACAUGCUCAGAUUCAAAGAAUAAUAUAUUUAUUUAAUUAGUUUCUAUAGUGAUAAAAGUAUCAUUCUUUACUGUUUAUUUCAAUAUUUUAAAGUAUUAAUUGUUCCAGCCAAAAGCACAUAAGCACAAUUUAUUCCAAAUGUUUUCACAAAUUUGUUUUUAUAUGCGGUCUGUUGAGCAGAGUGCUAUUAUGUUAUUUCUUCUAGGGUUGCGAUUAGUUAUAAACACUUCUUAUGAUUAAUUUUAACUUUCAAUUAUUUAUUAGUCUCGUUUUCAUCAACCACCCCUAAACUAAACUGUUACUUAAUUUUAUAACACUUAUCCUUACAUAGUACCUAAACUAACCCCUAACUACCUAACUAUUUGUAGUGUAAGGUGUCAUUUGUCGGUGAAAUCAAAAAUGAAUUGACUGAAUUAAAUUUCACCUAUCCUAACUUAGGGGAUUCUUUAAAUUUAGGAGAGGUUGUUGAAAACGAGCAUUACUGUCUUAUAUUUUGGUGCUCUAUUUCUAGUGUGUAUUAUUUUUAUUUAAUAUUUUUUAGUUUAUAUUCUUCCAGAUAAACUUUCUAUAUUUUAUGUAUUUUCAAAAACUUCAUAUGUCAAUACUAAGAGGCCUACUGGUCCUCUCUUGCCACAGUAUAUACACAUUUUCUCACCAUUUUCAUACUAUCCUACAAUAAAAUAAAUAAAAGACUAAAUUUUCUUACUAAAAAGCCUAGCUAAAGUUGAAUUUAUAAAAUAGCCCCACUCUAAAAUAUGUAUAUUUUAGUAACUAUGUAUUUGUAACUUUAUAAGGAGUGCAAUUAGUAAAAUAAAAUGAUUCCAAUAUUUGUGACAUUCUUGUAUAAUUUUUAUAUAAACGUCAAUGACGUACCGUAUAUAGGUAGCUGUUAAGUAGUUUAAAUUAGAAUGAGGGCUUUUCGCACCCUUAGCAUGAAAGUGACUUAACUAAAAAACCGGCCAAGUGCGAGUCGGACUCGCCCAUGAAGGGUUCCGUAGCAGCAAGUAGAUGACAUAAUAUAAAAGUUAUAAAAUAACUUGGUUUUACAUAGUGUUUGUAUGAACGACAAAGUUAUAUUUGCGGUUUUUGAAAAUGUUUUAUAUCUUAAAAACUAAUAAUGUUAUCUCGUUCAAACCAAUUUUCGUUAAAAGUUUCUAUUGAAAUGUCAUAAAAUAUACUCUACAACCAAAGAACUAAUUCAUAAAUAGUAAAAUCAAUCGUGUCAUAGAAUACGGAAGAGAUAUACUAAUAUGUAUUCAAUACUAUAAUUUUCUGAGACUUUCUGGCUCAUUUCCCAUAACUUGCAGUUUUUGGAUUCGGUCACUUUCAAUCUAUGGGUGCGUUUUGUUGUGCUGGAUGCACUAGUGUAUCUUAAGGUCCUUUAACAAGUCAUUAGCCAAUCAAAUUGUCACACCAACACUGAUUGAACCAAUAGGACUUUAGGACACUAACGCCAUCUCUUGAGCGCAAAAGUAAAAACCCCUCAUCCACUUCAUUUUAGUGAAUAUUAUUUAGUUAAUCUAUUAUGUUGAUUGUCUUUAGUUUAAAAUUGUUGUUUAAUAUAUUGUAGCGUCCAUUUCAUAACGAAGUAUUAAUUUAAAACGUACACCAUCAUGUAUUUUUGUCGACAGUACAAAUUAUUGUUCUCACGAUUUACUGUAUAUAUAUUUUUUAUUUGUAUGUAUGUGAUAACUUGUGUAAAUAAAUACGAAGUACAGGGAGCAAAGGAAAAACAGUAAUGACGUAUUAUUAUAGUUUCUUUAUGUACACAUCAACACUUAAAAUAUACAAUCUUUAUAACAAUGGUACUAUAGUUCAUUUCUAUCUAUGUAAUUUGCGCCAUAAUUAUUAUAUAAUAGAUCCAUACAUGUGAUUAUUAGGUAUACAAGAGUAGGUACACUUUGUGCUAACUUGCAACUGUCAUUAUAUCAUCUAAAAUAUAAAAUAUUUUCUCAAAUAUAACCAAGCAUUUGGAAGAAAUAUUUCUAAAUAGAAUCUAUGUGAUAGAACUGAAUUUAUACCAUUAGGCAUACAAUUUGUGCACUCAUACAUUACAUUAAAGCAUAAACUGCAAAGAGAUCUGGAUUAACAAUAAUAAAUAUUUAGUUUCACUUUAAAUAACAUAAAGGCCCUAUCAUUAGGACACAAUAGUCGCCCGACUAAUCGUCCAACUGAUCACAACAGCUACCAUGCUAAAGACACCAAAACAAACAAAUACCGCACUCAGAGACAUUUAAUGAUUAAUUAACCUGUUCCUUAGUAACGAUUUUGUUCCGAAAACAAUUGCUAAGGACUGGGUUAAGUAACCAUUAAAUGUUUCUGAGUACGGUAGUAAGGUUGAUUUUGUCGCCGACAACUUGUUGCGCAACUAAGUUGACACCGAUACCCUCCAUAAAACUGUUGGUUGCGUGAUUAGUCGUACGACAUGGUGUUCCAAUGAAGACCCAUCAUGCCUUGUAUUCCCCGAAGGAUUAGGCAGAGCUCACUUUACCUCAUUGUGUAAAAUAAAAUAAUUAUAAAAUGAUUUACCACUCAUAACACAACGUUACACACAUUUUGUAAUACAUUCAAACAAGUAAAAAAGCUAUUCAGACCUGCGCAGACGAGAGACUGUUUAUAGGGUAAAAUGGUUUUGUAAAUCCCUUAUAAACAUUAUCGAAUAACUCUUACAAAGGACUGUACCCUUAGUCCAAUUUGCUUUACGUUUAAAGUAAUCGAAACGAGAGCGCAUUCGGAGCUCUGAUUGGUUGGUUUAGUCGAUCCGGCUCUCGUACUAAGGGUACUGUAGGCUGAAACGGAUAUUAUUUGGAUUAAAUUUAUGCCAAAAACCUAGAUCGACCCAAUUUUGGAUACGGAUCAGUGACUAGUUUCAGCUGUAUUUACCCAGUGAUUCAGUAUAGUUCGCGGUGGGUCUUUUUCCUUGUCCUCAAUAGAUUGCUCUCAGCAACAGGUAAACAGUCUCUCGUCUACGCAAGCCCAUAAUGUUCUCGACAAUUUCAAUAUAAUUGUGUUGUCGCAGCACUUUGCCUUUAUACAUUAAUUGACCCUGUAAUGUUUAAGUUGACAUCAAUAUGGCACUAUGAAAUGAAUUUUGUUUGACAAUAAAAAAUUUAAAUUGGUA